GCCUCAGUAUGGGAGUCGACGGAAGCUGAUCUCUCCAACAGGGAUGUAUGAUGAAUAUGGAGAGGUGAUUAUGGAAGAUGAUGGCAGCUACUACUACAGCCCACACGAAUCCGAGGGAGAGUAUGGUAGAAAAAAGAGGAUCAAGCUUAUUGUAGACCGUGAAUACGAGACCAGUUCAACUGGAGAAGAAAGUGCACCAGAAUUGCACAGGAACCGCCUGUCUAAUGUGAACAGCCACGGCAACAUUAAUGGGAGCGUAUACUUGGCCCAGAAUGGCUCAAUAAUCCGGACACGACGGGUUGCACACACCAACAACAUCAAGCUCAACUCUCCAAUACGACUGGGAAAGCACUUUAAGAAACUAGACAAACUUGCUGUCACACACGAAGAGCGAAUUCCUUUAAACAGCCCCGUAAUCACAGGCGCUUCAGUAGGUGAACAGAACCUCACAACCAGGCCCUCCAGUGGGUCCCUGGCCUCCAGCACUACAGGCCCAGAGAGUAUAGCUUCAAAAUCAAAUGUGGCAAAAGGAGGGGGUGAAAGAACACAAAAUGGGGAUGAACAAGAGUCCACAGUGGACAAUCAGGAGGUGAGAGACCCUUUAGGAUCACAUAGUGACCGCACCCAGUCAGAUGAGGAGGAGCUCUGGAUGGGGCCUUGGAAUAACCUGCACAUACCAAUGACAAAACUGUGACUUCUGACAUGCAGAUGCUCUAUUGUCUUAAAGAACUUGGGAGGAAAAACUGAAUCUGCAGCAUAAAAUUAUGAAAUUGCACUUUCAUUCAGUGUUACAUUUGCUUUUUCGUGGCUCUAAACAAUGAGCUUCUCAAUGAUUGUUGCAUUCAUAAGUACCUUAUAAAUCAAACACAUGUUUCUGGCCCAUUGAUUGGUGCUCAUCCUUUUAUUGGGGGGGAUUUGUUACAGAUGUAUUGUAUGCGUUCAGAAAUAUUUUCCGUGCUUUUUAUAGUUUAAAAGGCUGAAUCAAAUGCCUGCUGAAAUGUAUUUUUGGUAAAUGGGUCAUCAAUGAAAAUAAUUGUGAUGAAUCUAAUGUGUACAUUUGCUUAAUGCCAUAGUCAUUUGAAUGGA